AUGAAGAGCCCGUUUCUCCUUGUUUUUGCUCUGUUGAUGAUCGCAUCGUUGGUUACGGAAGGCGAAUGUUUUCAACCCGCAAAGGUACCGUAAUAUUCGCACUCCCUGAAAUUUUGUCCUUGAAAUCAGAUCACCUGCAGGGCAGUUUACACGAGCAAUUUUAUCGCGCGAUUUGUCGCGCUACAAGAGCGGCGAUCUUUGCUGUGGUCUUGUAGUGAAUUGUCUGCGAUUUUAUGAAUAGUAGCCUGCUAGCAAGCUCUCUCGGGGCUCCCAGAGUAGCAAUUUAGGAGUACAAUACAGUAUUUCCUGGCUAACUCUCUGGCUUCAGAGAUUGAUUUUUUCGUGAUACUUAUGGUAGGUUAUUUAAUUCCAACCUUUCAUCGUUGCAAAUUGCUCAAAAUAGCCAGUUGAAAAGAACGGUUAAUUAAAACCUGAAAAAAAAAUUCCACAAAUCUCAAAGAUGCACACCGCCAUAUCCCCGGGCAGUGGCAGCCAUGGGGAGCCUGUUUCCAUGCCUCUUAUAUACAGAGGUAUUGAUUUGAUAUUUUACCUGAUUUUGUCAAUUUUUUUCUUUUUUACCCCUAACAACUCAAUCAGAGGACAAUGCAGAUUUGCCGUGCAGCAAGAAGCCUUGGUUGCAGGAAUAUAGAACAAGAAGUGGUGGAUGACCCCAUGAAAGAAGGAUGGGCUCGGCGUGAAGUAAAAGAACACUGAUGACAGCCAUCCAAUGAUCGGACUAACCGCGGAUUAAAACAUAAAAUAUAAAUGUCAACUCUAACAUUUGAACAAGAAACUGUAAAUCCUACAAAGUGCGAUAAUUAAUGAAUAAAAGCGAUUAAUGUUGAACCUUUCUCUGGGUUUGUUUAUGAGUCCAAAAAUAGUUAGUUCUUAGUUGGCAGAUUUUAAAAAGUCCUACCAGUAAAAUUGCAGUUGUAAGCUCCGCCCCAUCCUACUUCCGCGUUCUUCGCUUCACAGGGCAAUCGACAGGCAAACGAAACAACAAAGUCCGCUUAUUUGUUCCUCUUUUAGAUACUCGGAAUGGUUCGAAGGAAAUUGAUGUCACGCCAUCACUUACGAAUGAGCAAUUUUGAUAGUAAAAGAUCCCGCUUCAAGCUCAAUUUUGAGCAACAAGACCAUCAGAAACAAUAUCUUUUUUAUGCCAAGUUGUAGCAGAGUAAAUGUAGUUUCACCUGUGAAAGCGGAUUCACAUAUCACAACUUAGUUUUUGGAUAUUUAGGGGGAACCUCGGGAUGGUCAAUGUAAAUCCGCCUCUGAAAACGCCUUUCGAUUGAGCAUUGUUAACUAAAAUGCUGAAAUAUUUGGUUCCAUACCCCCAAGAAAACAAAACUUGGCUGAAAUAAUCUUCCAGUUACCUUUUAUCAAAUAUACAUUUCACAGCAAUUCCGCUCAUUUUUAUCUCUUCAAAACUCGAUGCCCUACAAGCAGCAUUUCAUAAAUUGGAUUUCAACCGCACGACCUUCACACCACUUUUUGUAUAUUACGGAACACCAUAAAAAGGUACUAAAUUUUGACAGCAGAUAGUGUAUACAUGAAAGAGUUACUCAUUGAUUGGAAUUUUCAUAUCAAAAACGAACACAAAAGUCUCAAGGGUUGGAACCCAAAUUUCAAUUUUCACGAAGACUAAACUUAACUUAAUAAAUCCCAGCCUAAGCCUUGCUGUAAAAUCACAAGGAUUAACGCCAAACGAUAGCUGUGCCCAGAAUAUGAUACAAUAACUUUAUUACAAUGCUGCGCUCGAAUUCAAAGAAGAAAUGAGGAAAACUGAGCUCUUAAGAACUUGUUGUUUAUCGGCACUUUGAUUUUAAAAUGCGAAUAGCGUGGCUUUUUCGCCAGCAGCAUGACAAGACGAGAAAAAUUUAAAAUACAAGGGCUAGAAACCACGUAAUGCAUUGUACUUACCACAAUAGACCUUCUCCUUUUUGUUAGGGUCGAUUAAGUCCUGAGGAACCGCCUUGGGUCACAUAAAAAUGACUCCAAGAUUGUGCGCCGAAGCAUUGUUGUGGUGAGACCGUCAUCUUUGUUGAUAUUAUGUGUCUACAAGCAGAGCUUUAUCGACCGAAAACAUACCGUAAAGAACUUGAAACAUGCUUUUCUGUCUUCGCGUUGAGUUUUUUUAAUGUUAAUGUCCUUUACCUGGCUUACCGACGACCUGUUGAAGGAUAAUCGGCUCCUUCGAAGUUGAGGUGAUCAAUUUCUGCCGCUCAAAUUUGCCUGUUCUGUGAAAAGUACGAAAACCCGAGAAAAGUUAGAGCAUGCGCAGACAAAAGUCUCCUUUGUGGUUUGGCUCAAGUGUUUGGGUAAGUUUGGCUGCAAUUGAUAUUCUGCUCAUGCUUAAAUGAAGCCACGCUUUUCUCCUUCUUGUGAUCGCUCUUGCGUAAAAAUGGCAGAUCGCUUCGUUUCCCGAAGAUAUUCAUUAAAAAACAACUUCGGUGAUCGAAUCAGUGAUAAAACAGAUCAAUCAUUUGCUUCAGCCUUCGACUUUGGCAAAUAAUUGAUCUGUUCGCCACUGACAAAUCACGAUAUUUCGCUCAAAUUCAUUGAAUAAUUGUUAAUUUACCAAGGUUGGGAUAUGGUGUGCAAAAGUACAGUCUAACAAUUCAGUGGCUGUAUAAACGCGAGAGUUUACAAAGAUUUGCAAUGCUUUUAGCGUGAACCACUCAAAACAGUUUUUUAAUUAACGCCCUACUAAAGGUCAGACACCCAGAUGCCAUUUAUACCUGAAACUCAGGGCCUGAAGUCCCAACUGAUUCAGAUACUAUUCACACACCGCGAACAUAUGGUUGAUGUGCUAGCUGCAAUUCUAGUUUAUGUUCGUUUAAUUGAGGUAAGAAACAGCACUAGUUUAUUAACCAGAAACAAGAUAAUAUUCUUAUGAACGAUAAAAGCUAAAUCACCUUUCUUAAAAGCAGUCAUAAACUGAGAUGCGGGAACUUAAAAAGACCAAUGACCAUUCGUUGAAGGAUGGACCCGCUGGCUUAAUACACAUGGAUAUAUCUUAAAUAUGCAAAGUUUCAAUGUGUUCUAUUUUCAGUUUCUCGAUCAGAUAAAUUAACCGUGAUAUGAAAAAAAUAAAUUGGACUCAUGCAGAGUGUAAUUGUUUUGCACAUGCCGAGAAAACAAAAUGGCAGCCGUGAAGAAAUAGUAUUGGUUUUCUCAAGGCAGCUUUUAAGAGGGCCAUCAACUGAAUCAGGCUACAUUUAGCUGCUGGGUAUAUGAGAAUAACAAACUCGAACACCAGUUCACAACUCUUCACUUUACUUGACAUGCAGAUACCCCAAUUAUUAAUUUAGAAAUUUUUAUCCCCUGCCCGAAAUACAACCACGAAAAUAAGAAAGAGUAUAACUGAGGUUAGGCCGUGUCUUGCUGACUCAAAAAGAGACAAUGAAAUAAAAAUUCUUUAUUACCGCAAACCCAAGUCCGGUCCGUCAAUUUGUCAACUUUCUGCUGCUAAGAAGGUAAUAGAGAUUUACUGUAUAGAAAAUGCCUUGCAUAGUAGGUUCAAAGCCUUCCACUUUUAUCAAAAUUCAAAGAUUUUUUGCGUUUUCGCUGAGUUUGUGCUUUGGGAGUUUUCUAUUGUGUCUAGUUGCUUUGAAACCGCCUCGAGCAACGUAACUCGGAAAUAACCCAUUUCCGUGACACAAACAAAAAGCAAGGGGCACACAUACACCAACCCUCGGCCUGGUCAGUACCUCAAAGAUGCACACCGCCAUAUCCCCGGGCAGUGGCAGCCAUGGAUAGCUGCUUCCAUGCCUCUUAUAGACACAGGUAUUGAUUUGAUAUUUUACCUGAUUUGGGCAAUUUUUUCUUUUUUACUCCUAACAACUCAAUCAGAGGACAAUGCAGAUUUGCCGUGCAGCAAGAAGCCUUGGCUGCAGGAAUAUAGAACAAGAAGUGGCUGAUGACCCCAUGAAAGAAGGGAGGGCUCGACGUGAAGUAAAAGAACGCUGA